AUGAGUCUCCGCCUGCCUCUCCGGCGAGGAGGCAAAUUCGCCACAAUCAUCAGCGCCUACGCUCCGCCGAUGAGCAGCCCUGACGCCGCCGCAAGAGACAAAUUCUACGAGGACAUGCACGCCCUCUUGGCGACUGUGUCGAAGGUGGACAAGUUGAUUGUCCUUGGUGACUUCAACGCCCGCGUCGGCACAGAACAUACUGCCUGGAGAGGAGUGCUGGGUCCCCACGGUCUCCGCGGCUCCAACGACAACGGCCUGCUUCUCCUCCGCAACUGCGCAGAACACCGCCUCAUCCUGACGAACACCUUCUUCUGUCUGCCGGAGCGAGAGAAGGCCACCUGGAGGAAUCCUCGGUCGCGUCAGUGGCACCUGCUGGGCUAUAUCCUCGUCCGGAGGCGAGAUCAGCGGGACGUGCUGGUGACGAAAGCGAUCGCGGGUGCUGACGGGUGGACCGACCAUCGCCUCGUCAUCUCGAAGAUGCGUAUUCGCCUACAGCCUCGCAGGAGACUACAAGGUAAGCGACCACCAGGCAAGCUGAAUGUUGCUUUGUUGUCUUUGCCUGCUCACCGUCUCCAUUUCAGCAAUGAGCUAGCUCAACGGCUAGACAACCUUCCUAUCGAUGCCGCCGCAGACGCCCCCGAUGCCGAGAACGCCUCCGUGGAGAACCGCUGGUGUCAACUGUGAGACACGGUCCAGUCGACGGCGCUCGCCGUCCUCGGUCGCGCUCCCCGCCAACACCAGGACUGGUUCGACGACAACGACGCCGCCAUCAGAAAUCUGCUUGCUGAGAAGAACCGCCUACACAAAGCCUACGUAGAUCACCCCACUGAGGACAACAAAGCUGCCUUCUACCGCAGUCGCCGACAGCUUCAGCAACGACUGCGCGAGAUGCAGGACGCCUGGACUGCUCGAAAAGCUGAGGAGAUCCAAGGGUACGCGGACCGCAACGAAUGGAAGAACUUCUUCUCCGCGAUCAAAGCUGUCUACGGUCCGCCAACGAAGGGCACUGCUCCUCUCCUCAGCGCCGACGGCAGCACUCUCCUGACUGAGAAGACGCAAAUCCUACUGCGAUGGGCCGAGCAUUUCCAGGGCGUCCUCAACCGCCCUUCCGUCAUCUCUGACGCCGCCAUCGCCCGCUUGCCGCAAGUGGAGACCAACGUUGACCUCGACCUCCCGCCAUCUCUCCAGGAGAUCAUCAGGGCCGUGCAGCAACUCCCCAGCGGGAAAGCACCCGGAUCGGACGCAAUUCCUGCUGAGGUCUACAAGCACGGAGGUCCCCUACUGAUGGAUCAUCUGACUGCGCUCUUCCAGGAGAUGUGGCGUCAAGGUGAAGUCCCGCAAGAUUUCAAGGACGCAACUUUCGUGCACCUAUACAAGCGCAAAGGGAAUUGCCAAGUCUGCGACAACCACCGCGGCAUCUGCCUACUGAACAUCGCCGGGAAGAUCUUCGCUCGCAUCCUGCUCAACCGCCUCAACAACCGUCUGGAAUAG